AUGGCAUUCUACGGACAUUCUUCUACCUUCUUCUUCUCAUCAUUCCUUUUUCUUUUCUUGUCUAAUCUAAUCACGCUUGUUGCUCCCGGCUCUAUCGGGGUAAACUACGGUCGUGUGGCUAACAACCUCCCAUCGCCGCCGCAGGUGGUGCAACUCCUCAAAGCGCAAGGUCUAACUAAAGUGAAGAUUUUCGACACCGACUCCACUGUCCUCUCCGCCCUUUCAGGCUCCGGCAUCUCUGUCACGGUGGCGCUCAUUAAUGAACAACUCUCCUCCGCUGCAGCUGAUCAAUCCUUCACUGAUACGUGGGUUCGGAACAAUAUCCUCACAUACCUCCCCAACACCCUCAUCGAAGCCAUUGCCGUGGGUAACGAAGUCACUCCGCCAUCCUUGGUACCAGCCAUGAAAAACAUUUAUGCAUCACUCUUGAAGUACGACGUCGCUUCAAAAAUCAAAGUCUCAUCCCCUUUAGCUUUAAGAAUACUCCAAUCGUCCUACCCUCCUUCCUCUGGUUCAUUCAAACCGGACCUGAUCGAACCGGUAUUCAAGCCCAUGUUGAAUUUUCUCAGACAAACUGGUUCCUAUUUCAUGAUCAAUGUGUACCCAUUUUUCGCCUACAGUGCAAACACAGACACCAUUUCGUUAGACUACGCUUUAUUUCAAGAUGGCAAAGGCGUGACUGAUCCUAACAACGGCCUCGUCUAUAAAAGCUUGUUCGAGGCUCAACUCGACGCUGUUUACGCAUCAAUUAACGCUUUGGGAUUCAAUGAUUUGAAAAUGGUGGUUACUGAAACUGGUUGGCCUUCAAAUGGUGAUGGAAAUGAAAAUGGUGCAAAUAUAGCCAAUGCGGCUAAGUACAACGGAAAUGUGGUUCGUAGAGUUCUCACUGGUGGCGGGACACCAUUGAGACCCAACGAGCCUCUUAACGUAUAUAUAUUUGCUUUGUUUAACGAAAACCAAAAGGACGGGCGAACUUCUGAAAGAAAUUUCGGGUUGUUUUACCCGAACCAGGACAAAGUCUAUGAUAUACCACUCACACUGGAAAGAGCAAAAAGCACCAUGGAUGAAUGGAUCAAAGAUCAAGUGACGCCGAGCGCACAAGUUUCAUGGUGCGUGGCCAAGGGUGACGCAGGGCAGAAAAAGUUACAGGAGGCACUGGAUUAUGCUUGCGGUCAAGGUGCAGCUGAUUGCAGGCCGAUACAGAAAGGUGGUACUUGUUAUGAUCCGAACACGCUUGAAGCUCAUGCAUCAUAUGCAUUCAAUAGCUACUAUCAGAAGAAUUCUAGAGCAAGUGGGACUUGUGAUUUUGGUGGUACAGCUAAAGUGGUCGGUGAACUUCCUAAAUUUGGCAACUGUGAGUUCUCUGCCGGUGAAGACUCAGUGAGUAAGGUGGGACAGACAUGGUGUGUAGCGAAUAGCGCAGUUGGGGAUCAAAAAUUGCAAGCGGCGCUUGAUUAUGCUUGUGGUGAGGGCAAUGCUGAUUGCGGUCCGAUUCAGAAAGGUGCCACGUGUUACGAACCUAACACACUUGAGGCACAUGCAUCAUAUGCAUUCAACAGCUACUAUCAGAAGAAUUCUCGACGAAGUGGUACAUGUAAUUUUGGUGGUGCUGGAAAAGUAGUCACUGAAUCUCCUAAAUUUGGCAAUUGUGAAUUCUCCAACGGUGAAGCCUCAGUGAGUAAGGUGGAGCAAACAUGGUGUGUAGCAAAUAGUGGGGCCGGGGAUAAAAAAUUGCAAGAGGCACUAGAUUAUGCUUGUGGUCAAGGUAGGGCUGAUUGUGGUCCGAUUCAGAAAGGUGCCACGUGUUACGAACCUAACACACUUGAGGCCCAUGCAUCAUAUGCAUUCAAUAAUUACUAUCAAAAGAAUUCUAGACGAAGUGGUACAUGUGAUUUUGGUGGUGCGGCCAAAGUAGUCACUGAGUCUCCUAAAUUUGGCAACUGCGAGUCCCCAGCCGGGGAUGUUUCAACGAGUAAGGUGGAACAAACAUGGUGUGUAGCGAAUAGCGAAGCCGGGGAGAAAAAAUUGCAAGCGGCACUUGAUUAUGCUUGUGGUGAGGGUAAGGCCGAUUGCGGUCCAAUUCAGAAUGGUGCAAUAUGUUACAAUCCUAACACGCUUGAGGCACAUGCAUCAUAUGCAUUCAACAGCUAUUAUCAAAAGAAUUCUCGACGAAGUGGUACCUGUGAUUUUAAUGGUGCAGCUAAAGUGGUCAGCGAGUUUCCUAAAUUUGGCAACUGUGAGUUCCCCACAGGGGCAUCUUCAGCGAGUAAUGUGGGGCAAACAUGGUGUGUAGCGAAUAGUGAGGCUGGGGAGAAAAAAUUGCAAGCGGCACUAGAUUAUGCUUGUGGUGAGGGUGGGGCUGAUUGUCGUCCAAUCCAAGAGGGUUCCACGUGUUACGAUCCUAACACGCUUGAAGCGCAUGCAUCAUAUGCAUUCAACAGCUACUAUCAGAAGAAUUCUCGAAAAAGUGGUACAUGCGAUUUUGGUGGUGCAGCUACAGUCGUUACUCAAUCUCCUAGUGAGUACUCAAUCCUCAGUGGAUGUUAA